CCACUGAAAAAACAACAAAAACACAUUGCAUUUCCAUGGCUAUUCAUAUCAAAAACCAUGCACAUUUUCUCAUAUUUCUCAUCAUAAUCUCCACCGUUUCAUCAAUCUCCGGUGCCUCGAACACCACCGCCGAAUGCACUAGACCGAUAGGAGGAUGCCACGACAAGCCAUACGCGCAAAAACUCAAAAUCAUCGCGAUCUUUGCCAUACUCAUCACUAGUAUGAUCGGCAUUUGUCUUCCAAUAUUUACACGCGCGGUCCCGGCUCUUAGCCCGGACCGAAACCUCUUUGCUGUAGUGAAGGCAUUUGCCUCAGGGGUGAUUCUUGCCACCGGCUACAUGCACGUGUUGCCUGACUCUUUCGACGCUCUUAGAUCGGAGUGUUUGCCUGACAGACCUUGGCAUAAGUAUCCUUUUACCACAUUGGUUGCCAUGUUUUCUGCGGUGUUGACUUUAAUGGUUGAUUCGUUCGCGAUGAGUUUGUUUAAGAGACAUUAUGCUUUGGAAUCGGGUGAACAGAAGGAAGUUAGCAAUGAGAGUGUGGAGUUGCAGAGUCAUUGUCAUGGUCACGGUGUUGCAGCUGAGGGGUCUGAUGCCACUUUGCUAAGAUGCCGUGUUGUCGCUCAGAUAUUGGAACUAGGGAUCAUUGUGCACUCAGUGAUUAUCGGAUUGUCAUUAGGGGCAUCAAAUAAUCCAUGCACGAUUAGGCCACUUGUGGCUGCUUUAUGCUUUCACCAAAUGUUCGAAGGAAUGGGACUAGGAGGAUGCAUACUUCAGGCUAAUUAUCGUGCCAAGACGAAUGCAAUCAUGGUGUUCUUCUUCUCGGCCACAACUCCGUUUGGAAUCAUACUUGGACUUGUUUUGUCGAACGUGUACAGUGACAAUAGUCCGGCAGCACUGAUCGUGGAGGGGCUAUUAGACGCGGCUUCAGCAGGAUUACUGAAUUAUAUGGCAUUGGUCGAUCUCUUAGCACCUGAUUUCAUGGGUGCAAAAUUACAAGCACAUCUGAAACUUCAAGCAUUGUGUUAUGUUGCAGUUGUAUUAGGUGCUGGAGGGAUGUCUGUUAUGGCAAUUUGGGCUUAGUAUUCUUAGGUUCAACGAACUCUGUUUUCUUUAAUAUUUAAGUAAAAAAACUCUCGAAAGUUAUUAUUGAUCG